CAUUCAUUGCACAACCUGUGUCUCAGUAAGACAAUUUGUUAAUCUUCAAGUGAAAGCAGUAAGUGAGCUUGAUACCAACCGGAUUAUUCACCAUUUUCAAGAAGGUCGGAAUUUUUGCAUUUCGAGCUUUAUGGAUGAUGGACAUUCUGCUGAUGACUAUAUAAUCUUUCUUAAGGGACAUCCGUGCAAAUUUCCUACUCUUUCGGAGGUUUCUGGACAGUCGGCAAGAAAGGAAGUAGCGCAAUUUGUGCGCGAAUACUUUGCUUCUGCUACUGUUAGUCAUAUGCUGCUGGAUAAGAUAGUCUCAUUCUGCGAGGACUCAUCGCAGCAACAAAUUCUUGGUGAUAUCCUUUGUACCAUAUCGUCUCACGUCAGAAAGUGUCACUUUCGGAAGUCAAAUCAUAAUGCUUUGAAAUAUAUCGUUGAACAACUGGAAAUACGACAUGCUGAAAUUGGCUGGCAGUUGUACAGUUGUUUGACUAAUUCUAUUAUGGACAAAACAGCACAUGUAGAUAGAGUUUAUUUCGAUGAAUAUUUCUCGAAGUACAUCAUUGUGCAAGAGAACCGUUAUCAGUUAUCACAAGGAACUACUGGCCUUUCUUGUUGGCAGGCAUCAUGUGAUCUAGCGAAUUAUUUGUUGAAACACGGUCGUGAUUAUAUUAGCGGACGUAAUAUUUUAGAACUAGGUGCCGGUUGUGGACUUCUUGGUAUUGCACUUGCUGCUUCUGGUUUUACCAAAAGCAUUACACUUUCUGACGGAUGUGUUGAUGUAUUGAAUGUAAUCCGCGAUAAUAUUUGGUCAAAUUUUUCAGAGAAUUGUGACAUAUUUAACGUUAUUUUUCUUGAAUGGGAAACCGUAAAUGUGGAAAAUAUUCCUGUUGUACCAGAUGUUAUCUUUGCGGCAGAUGUCGUUUACGACACACUGACAAUAAAACCACUCGUCCGUACCAUCAGAAAACUUCUUGUUGCAUUUACAAAAGAAAUCAAAACUGGUCCGUUUUGUCUGCUAGCAAAUACAAUAAGAAAUCAAGAGACUAUGGAUCAAUUCUUAGCUUGUGCAGGCGAAAACGGACUUUCAGUGAGAAAUUGUUUUAUUUACGAGAACAGUGUCUUUAAAUUUGCUACUAGAAAUGUAGAAGACCAUUCACUAUUCCCUUUCACAAGUAGUAUUCAGUGUCCCACAAUAUUUCAUGAACUAAUAUUGAAGGAUUGAAACAACAUAUAAAUGGUUUGUUGGUUUACAAUUUCUUUAAAUUGAAUGCUUCGUUAUUUCUGGAAUCUUGGGAUAAUGAUAUCAGCAGUAUGAUAAGUUUUUAUUAUGACAUUGAUAUUCAGUCACUUCUCG